AUGACUCGGGAAGAUGAAUAUGAUUAUCUAUUUAAAGUGGUGCUCAUUGGAGAUUCAGGUGUUGGAAAGAGUAAUUUACUAUCACGUUUUACUCGCAAUGAAUUUAAUUUAGAAAGUAAAAGUACUAUUGGUGUCGAAUUUGCAACACGAAGCAUUCAAGUUGAUAAAAAAACAAUCAAAGCACAAAUAUGGGAUACAGCUGGACAAGAACGGUACCGUGCAAUUACUAGUGCAUAUUAUCGUGGCGCAGUUGGCGCUUUACUUGUUUAUGAUAUAAGCAAACAUAAUACAUAUGAAAAUGUUGAAAGAUGGUUAAAAGAAUUGCGUGAUCAUGCCGAUUCAAAUAUUGUUAUUUCACUGGUGGGUAAUAAAUCUGAUCUACGGCAUUUACGUUCGGUACCAAGUGAUGAAGCUAAAUCAUUUUCUGAAAAAAAUGGUGUCUCAUUCAUUGAAACAUCAGCAUUAGAUUCAACCAAUGUUGAACAAGCAUUCCAUACAAUACUAACUGAAAUCUAUCGUAUUGUUUCUCAACGUCAAAUUCAAGAUCAUAUUGGACCUAUUUCACCGAAUCCUCCAAUUCAUCUGCCACCAACAGAUCCGGACUUUAAAUCAAGACAGAAUCCAACAUGUUGUUCGUAG